CCCCCAAGGCUUGUAACUUAGUCAUGUAUGUAUACCUUCUAUCUACAGGUACCACAGUUCAUAUUGGAAGAUGCUAACACCCGGUCAACUCCUUGCCGAUUAGUCUGUACCCAACCUCGCAGAAUAUCUGCCUUAUCAGUCAGUGAGAGAGUAGCUACAGAGAGGGGUGAGAGACUUGGGCAGACAGUCGGAUACCAGAUCAGGCUUGAUAACAGAAUAUCUCCCAAGACAUUGUUAACUUAUUGCACAACUGGAGUGCUGUUACGGACUUUGAUGUCAGGAGAUAACUCCCUCUCAUUUGUCACACAUGUUCUUGUGGAUGAAGUUCAUGAACGUGAUAGAUUUUCUGACUUUCUUUUGAUCGCCUUGAGGGACCUUUUAACAGUGAACAGAAGGCUGAAGUUGAUUUUAAUGAGUGCCGCUUUGGACAUCAACCUGUUUAUUGAGUACUUUGGCAAGUGCCCAGUAGUUCAUGUUCCUGGUCGAUGCUACGAGGUUAAAACAUAUUAUUUGGAAGAUGUCCUAAAGAUGACAUCAUAUUGUAACAAAGAGAUGGCCAAGCAUUUAAAAGAAGCAAGAAGCAAAAAUGGAAGAGAGGAAAAGGAUAACAGCCGCCUUGCUCUCAAGAAAGACGAUUCCACGUCAGUUAAAGAUAAUGAAGUUGAGAGCUCUCAGAAGGCUGGUGAGGUUGGAAGUGAGAGCAAUGUGAUUAUAGAGGAGCUGGCUCCACCCACUCCACUCAGUGUUAAUUUAGACCCAGAUGAAAUGUUUGAUGAAGAACUGCAGCCAGCAGAGGAAAUUGAACUGGAAGAUGAUCCAGAACAAAAGAUAGCUGAGGACUCCCAAGAAAAGGACUACCUCCCAGACUUCCAACUUGAUGAGGAGUUGGGUGAUGGGGAAGAAAUCGAGGAGGACAUCUUACUGGAAGGAGAGGAGGAAGGAGACAAUGAUGUUAAUGAUGAGGGGGAUGACGAAGAGGGAGAUGAUGAGGAUUUAGUGGAGGAGGAAGGGAAAAUGGACGAUGGAGAAGUCAAAGGCGUGGAAGAAGGAAUUGAAGUGAUCAAACUUCAGGAAGAUAAUGGGGAAGAUAUUGUGCAAAUUCCAGUAGAUGAUGGCAAGGACAAAGAGGAUGAGGAAAGUGACAGUGAGGAUCAAUAUUUAAAGCAAGAAAUGGAUAACAGCAUUUCUGAGGCUUGGCUUAAUGGUGAUGAGGAGUCAUUUGUUCAGAUUCUUUACUUGAUUAUGCAUGAAAAUAUUAGUGUGGAUUAUCAACACUCAGAGACCCAGGCCACUGCUCUGAUGGUAGCAUCAGGUCGAGGCUGUUCUGGUGUUGUGGAGCAGCUGUUAAAUUUAGGAGCAAAUCCGCACAUCAAGGAAGCUAAGAAUGGCUGGACUGCAAUAGACUGGGCCAAGAAAUGGGAACACACUGAAGUCGUUGAACUUCUUGAGUCAACCUUGUCAUCACCAAAAGUGCCAUAUGUUGAUGAAACAGCUUUAGAAAAGGAGUCUAACGAAUUAAGUGAAGAAAGCAAAGAGUUGCUUUCCAUAUAUCACAAGACGUUUGAUGAUGAGAGGGUUGAUCGUGAUCUGAUUAUCAGUUUGCUGACAUAUAUUUGCAAUACUCAGCAAGAAGGUGCUAUUUUGGUGUUCCUUCCUGGCUAUGAUGAAAUUAUUACUCUUCGUGAUCAUUUGACAGCUGAUAGAGAAUUUGGGAAUUCAAGAAGGUAUCAGAUCUUCACUCUUCACUCUUCUAUGCAGCCAUCAGAACAGAGAAAGGUUUUCAGAAAGCUACAUCAUACUAUGAGAAAGAUUAUUCUCUCUACCAACAUAGCAGAGACAAGUGUAACAAUAGAUGAUGUUGUGUUUGUGAUUGACAGUGGAAAAGUGAAAGAGGUACAAAAUGUAUCAGAUCUUCACUCUUCACUCUUCUAUGCAGCCAUCAGAACAGAGAAAGGUUUUCAGAAAGCUACAUCAUACUGUGAGAAAGAUUUAAUAACUCAACAUCAUUGCAAAGUAGCAUUAAUACAGCAUUUAUGUACUCAAAUUUGUUUAUCAAAUCGUCUUUACAAAUGGCUGCCAACUGCAUGGAGAACAAUGGCAUCGCUGAGCAAGUGUUAUUUGGUUUUUGUUGUGCAGGAACUUUGUCUUCAUACAAAACUCCUGGCAUCACCUAACACCUCAAUAGCUGAUUUCCUGUCAAAAGCUGCUGAACCACCACCAUUUUUGGUGCUCCGCAAUGCUGUUGCCCUGCUGAAGACUAUAGAUGCUUUGGAUCAGUGGGAGGAUCUGACAGAUCUUGGUCGUCAUCUUGCAGACCUUCCACUAAGUCCACAACUGGGGAAGAUGAUUUUGUAUUCAGUUGUUCUCAAAUGUGUGGAUCCUGUGGUAACCAUAGCUUGUGCUCUGGCGUACAGAGAUCCUUUCAUGCUACCCAUGUACCCAUCAGAGAAGCGUGCUGCAGCUGCAGCCAGGAAAAGAUUUACUUUAGAUCCAUUCAGUGAUCACUUGAUAUUUGUUCAAGUGUUUAGGGGCUGGCAACGAGCAAGAUCUGAAGGUUCUGACAAAAACUUCUGCCGCAGGAAUUAUUUGUCUCAAGCCACUUUAGAAAUGAUGGCAGGAAUGAGGUCGCAGAUUCUUGGCCAGUUAAAAGUUGCAGGUUUUAUACGGCCUCGGGGUGCAGGAGACAUCAGAGACUUGAAUUCAAACUCAAGUAACUGGGCUGUUGUCAAGGCAGCUCUUUGUGCUGGAACAUAUCCUCAAGUGGCUCGUGUGGAUAGAAGCACCAAAAAACUCACAACACAGAAAGAGACUAAGGUUCGAUUUCACAACUCCUCCAUCUUGUACCAGUCCCCAACACAAGGGGAUUCCAUGACUGGUGCUCUGGCCAAAGCUAUCUCCAAACUGCCAUCUGAUUGGCUGAUUUAUGAAGAAAUGGCAAGGCUAUACACAACAGUCACUGUCAAAUGCUGUACACUAGUGUCUCCCGUAACAGUGGCACUCUUCACUGGGCCCAGUCUCUCCUCUGAACAUGUUACCCAGGACCCCUCUGCAACCCGUGACACUGAGAGAUAUCCUGGAGAAGGCCUGGGACGAGAGAGUGAGAGUAGCGAUAGUGACACAGAGGAAGCAACAGGAGAGAAGAAAGAAAACAAUGGUGUUGUUUUCAAGGUGGAUGACUGGAUUGCACUCUCAGGAAACCAAGAGGUUGUAAACCAUGUGGCAUAUCUGCAUCACAAGUUACAGGCACUGUUUAUUAGAAGGAUUCGAUCUCCUUCCAGACCAUGGUCCCAAGUGGAUGAGAUGGUUGUCCGUGCAGUGUCAGCAGUUUUAACAGCUGAGGAACAAGUCAUGAAUCCUUCAUUGUAUCCACGCCAAAGGAGAACAAGGCCAGAAAUUGAAAGUGGACCUGACAGGCGAUCUAGGAUUGAAAGGCCCCGCCAAGUAGAACAGUUUUCUCCUUCUCGGGAACGUCCUAGAGACCCCUCUGGGUCAAGUCCUCACAUGAAAAGUGAAAUACCAUCAUCCCCUCAAAAUGGGAGCAAAUUGGCGGGUGACAGUUGGUUCUCAAGGCCAGCUCCACAGUCAGAGAAAUUAAGUGAAGCUCGUUACUUUAUCAUGAAGUGUAACAAUCAAAGAAAUUUGGACAUAUCAAUGGCCAAGGGCAUUUGGGCAACAACAUUGGCCAAUGAAAAGAAGCUUAACAGAGCAUUUAAGGAAACCAAGCUCGUCAUUCUUGUCUUUUCUGUGCAAGGAAGUGGCCACUUUCAAGGCUACGCACAGAUGACGUCACCCAUUGGCAAGGACAAAUCUCCUGAGUUUGGUUCAAGUUCACUGAGUGGUGUUUUUAGUGUGGAAUGGAUAAAAAAAGCCAGUAUUCCAUUCCAACAAGCUCAUCAUCUUGUAAACCCAUGGAAUGAUCACAAGAAGGUGCAGAUCAGUCGUGAUGGACAGGAGUUAGAACCUAAAAUUGGUGAAGACCUCUGUAAGCUGUGGGAUGCUGACCAAACCAAUCUAAGUGGGCGUACCCCGAGAGCAGCCAAUAGCAUGAGCAGACGAGGCAAGCCUUCUGGACCGUCUCAACCUGAACCCCACCCCUCUCCUGGUCAAUGGCAAGGUGCACAGUACACUACUAUGCAACAGGUGUAUGCUACCCACACCCCUUCCAUGCCAAUACCUGUCCCCAUUCCUUCAGCUCAUUCCCGUCACACCAUCACUGCCCCCUACCCUCGCCAUCAAGUUGUCGCAGCCCAACCCAUGGCGGUACAUCCAGCUGUUCCCUUCGGGGCUCAUGCGGUUGCAUUGCAGUCUCAGUUCCGUCCAGCAGGUCCCAGGUUUCCAGGAGCCAUUGUGCAGCCACCUCAUAUAAGGACAAUGGGUCUGCCACCACGGACCACAAGAGGGUCAUUUAAUCCGGCCAGGAAGUAAGGUAGACCAUGCCUUACUGGUUAUUCUACACCUGUUAAGGUGAUUGUCAAGAAACCUCCUCAACAAAGCCCAAUGUGAAUCCUAAAAGAUCCUUUGAAAUACUGAUAACUAGUGGUUGUUUCAACCACAGUUUUUUUAGUCUCGAACAAUCUAACAGUGGUGAUAACCAAUAUGGAAAAUUCACCGCCUUGGUAAUUAUUCUCCUUAGACCCACAAUUACAUCGUUUAAAGUUUGCUUACAGUGGGUGGCCACGACAUGGUCCAGUAGAAGUGCACGUGCAGUCCCGUUGUAAGGGGGGUUGUUCUAGAAUUUGGCCUAACUGAGGAACCAGAAAUAGACCACCUUGCAAAAUAUUAAGGUUCCCUCUUUUAAGAAUCUGGGCCCAAUGUGGUAAAUUUUUUAUUAUUUGAAGUAUUCACUCAAUGGAGCAUGUGUCUCCAGGAAAUUUUAUUUACAUUUUCAGUGUUGUGUUUAACAUAUUCAAGGGUUCAGUAUUGCGACAUAUUUGUCUUGCACAUCAGUUAGUAGUUGAUUUUGUUUGAUACGUCAUAAAAGGAGAAAAAUGACAUGAACACAAAUUGGAAAGUUGCAGAGGAAGAAAGUGAUACAGACAAGAUGAUACACCAUCUGCAUCAGCAAUAAUCCCAAAGUAAAAACCAUGUAUUCCUUCCUAAACCCAUAACUUACUUAUCAGAAUCCUUUGGCAAAUUUUGUACAAUAAUAUAUGCUAUAUGUCACACUUUGAUAAACUUUGUGCGCCAAUACUUUUCCACCUGAGGAAAUCCCAGAAUGCUGCACUCUAGAAUUAACUCUUUUGUGCUAAUCAUUAAUCCUUCUGUUUAGAGAUGUGUUUGCUUUUUGUUGCCAUUCCCACUGUGGUAGAACUGUCAAGUUGCAUGUCUCAUUGCUUAAUUUGUAUGGGUUGUGAAUGAUUUAAUGAAAAUGGAUCCAAAUACUCAAGAGAGUGUGAGGGAUUUUCUGUGAUCGUGUCGAUUUUGUUGAACUCAGAUUGAAGAACAAGUCAGAUGUGUUUAUCAUCCACAAUGUAAGGGAGUUAAAUUUAAAUGACAUGUACACUGGUCAUUCAAAAGUUUACAAAAGGAAAUUUAUUUAAACUAAGUUUAAUAUAUAUUUUUCACAAGGAGUUUGUAACAGACUAUGACCUUUAUGAGUUCUAGAUUUACUGCUAAAUACUGCUAAUGCAGAAAACAUAGCACUGGAGUUACAACCAGCUGUCAUAUUUUAACUUGUUUCUUACUCAAAUUACUGUCAGGUUGGAGGAAAAACUCCAAUAAAAUUUUUAUCUAAGGUAGAAAACACCAGCCAAGUAAUGAUAAACCAAAAUUGAACAAGUAAUGUUACAACUAAGAAAGAUGAAGGCAGAUUAAAAUGUCAGUCUUAAAAAAAAGAACAACAAAAUUGGUCAACUUGUAAUUGAUUCAAGGUGCAUCAUCCAUGAUGAAACACCUUUAAGUGAAGUUCUACUAUUUUAUUUUAAAGAUAUACAGCUAUUUUUAAUUAAUUUUCCUUGUAAGGGAAAAGCCUCAAGCUUAUGUGACAAGACUGAGGCAGAGAACUGUUGCCUGUACUGAGUACGUAUGAGGUAUAGUGACACUGCAAACACAGUUUCAUGUAUUUUCGUUUACUUCAGACAUGUGAAAACACUUUAGCCAUACUAUGUUUCAUACAUAUUUUUUCCCAGCUUCCAGCUCAAUACCCCCAGGGGUUAUCGCUAAAGUGAAGUGAGAGUGAAGUUUUGCAGCCUACAACCAUGUAACAGUCGAAGGAAAGCUACAGAAAUGAUCUCAUGUGAGGAAAAACAAAUACUUAACAUACAGAAAACACAAACAUGGAGAUUGUCUCCACACCAAUAUGUAAAAUUCCAAUGAAUUCUCAGAAGGCUCUUUGGUCUUGUCGCAUAAGCUUACUGCUUUAACCUCACAGCGUUGAAUUAAAAUACCUGUAUACAUGUCUUUGCAUAGUAUUCAAGCUUUUACAGUACAACACUACAUAACAUCCUGCAAGGUCUGCAGCAGGAUUUUUAACCUUGAUAGAUAGCCUAAGUGAAAAAAAUUAAUCCUUUUCAGUACUUCAUACAGGGUUUUUAAGCUAUUCAAAAUGUUAAUGGUCCAAAGUUGGUUUUGUUUGUAAGAGUUAAAAUGUGCACUGGCUAAAAAUUCAAUAUCAAGUUCACAACAGUUUACAUUAUAACUGUUCCAAAAGGAACUUUAACUACCAAAGGUUGAUUUUUAAACAUGAUUGUCAUUAUUUUAUGAAAUUAAAAGUACCUACUGUAGACGAAAUUCCACACACAAAUUCCUUAACUUCUAAAGAAUAAACAACAAAGCAACACUGAUGCAACUAUACUAGUCAUAUUCUCUGUAAUAGUAUCUAUAUACAUUAGGGUUGUUAUAAUUAGUUGGGUGCUACUGGGCUGAUUUUUUUUGUCUGAUUCUUCACAAAAAGGUGGAAAAACCAUCUGCUCCAAAAAGAAAGACUAAAAGCCUCCUACUUUUAAACUUUGUGACAGCCCUGAAACUAUUAAGGCCACCUCAUAUUACUCAUGUAUUAU